AUGAAGGACAGAGAGACAUGGAAGAAUGGUCUGGAGUUUUUGUUUUCCUGUAUUGGUGUGAGUGUCGGGCUAGGAAACAUCUGGAGAUUUCCCUACAUAUGUUACAAGAAUGGUGGAGGUGCCUUCCUUGUGCCCUAUUUCCUCUUUCUAACCAUGAUAGGAAUUCCUCAGCUCCUUCUACAAUUUUCCUAUCCCCAGUACUCCAGUAGCGGACCAGCUGCGGCUUGGGCGUGUUGUCCGCUCUUCAAAGGUAUUGGAUACGCAAUGAUCGUGACCAAUUCGGUUAUUUCCCUUUAUUAUAACGUUAUCAUCGCUUGGACCUUGUACUACCUUGUCAACAGUUUUUCAAUACAUUUACCCUGGACUACAUGUAACAACACAUGGAACACCGGGAAUUGCUACACUCGGACAUAUGAAUUGGAAGCAAUGACUAGAAACACGAGUAAUUUGUUGUACAACAUGUCCGUCUCUGAAGAAUGGAAGCUUGAGACGAAAGUAACGGAGAUGUCGGGAGACAGAAAAACUGCCACCGAAGAAUUCUGGGCGUACAAUGUACUCGAGUUAAGUGAUGGUGUAGAGACAAUGGGGCAAAUUCGCUGGCAGUUGCUUCUUUGUAACUUUUCAGUAUGCUUGCUGCUUUACCUCUGUGUCUUCAAAGGAAUUAAAUUAUCAGGGAAGAUAAUGUAUGUGGCCGCUACAGUACCUUACAUAUUUUUGACUGUUCUGUUGGUGCGUGGUCUUAUGUUAAAUGGAGCAUGGCUUGGUCUUAAGUAUUAUUUUGUUCCAAGAUGGGAAGAGUUGCUGCGUCCUUCGGUUUGGUUCGAUGCUGCUGCACAAGUGAUAUUCUCGCUGGGUUUUGGCACUGCUGAUCAUAUAAUACUGGCCAGUCACAACAAGUUUCAUCAUAAUAUAUACAGAGACGCCAUGAUAGUUCCCAUUGUUGACGCUGUCACGAGCCUCUUCUCUGGGUGUGUCAUUUUCGUUACUCUUGGAUAUAUGUCGUCAACUUUUAAUUUGGAUAUACAAAAGGUGGUAUCUGAUGGUCCUGGUAUUGCAUUUAUGGUUUUUCCUGAAGCACUUUCAACACUUCCCUUGCCUCAAAUAUGGUCGGUUCUUUUCUUUCUCACUUUGCUCCUAGUUGGAAUGGAUAGUCGGGUAGUCAUGGUUCAAGUGCUGACAGGAUCACUAGCCGACCUUAAGCCGGAACUUUUCCGCUCCAGAGUUUCAUUGACGUCUGCUGUUGUUUGCCUGUUGACGUUUGUGUUUGGCAUACCUUUUAUACAUCAGGGCGGAAUGUACGUGUUGCAGCUGGUGGACUGGUACAUUGCUAGCGUGGCAUUGCUACUUAUAGUCUUUCUUGAGUCGUCUGUCCUCUCCUGGAUAUAUGGAUCCCAGAGAUUACAUGAGGAUAUAGCUGUAAUGAUCGGAUAUCAUAUACCGAAGUUAUGGCAAGUUUUCUGGAAAUUUGUUACACCAAUCUGCAUUCUGAUUAUAUGGAUAAUGAGCCUUGUCAAACAUCGUCCUGUUACGUAUGGUGGCAAGACAUAUCCCUCCUGGUCUAUUGGUGUAGGAUGGGUUAUCGCCCUUGUGCCAUUGCUACCAUUAGUUGGGAAUAUCAUAUUUAUUCCUCUUCAACAUGAAGGAAACCUGAAACAGAGACUGCAGAAAUCGGUUAAACCCUUACCUGAAUGGAGAAAGAAUGACCGGUUACAUCUAAGUUCAAGUCAAAAUGGCGACAUUUUAUUGAAUUAG